AUGGAUAUAAUAAAGGAGGCCUGUAAUUUAGAGGGUCAGCCACUAUCUAAGAAAAAUGUUCAGCAGAUCGUAAACUCCUACGUGGAUGGUCCAACACUAGUGAAAGAAGUCCUGCAACCGGAAAACCAAGCAGACUUCCGUACCACUUUUAUUACUAAUUUUGAAAGCUAUGUUAAAAUCAAUGGCAAAAAACUUCGUGUUUGUCAUAAUUUUCAAAAUGGUAAGUUUGUGAAUGACGGUCAUCCAUUGCAUCUAUUUAUUCAUGGAUUAGGUGGUAGUUUAGGGCAAUUUGAACCCUUACUGAGAUUGACUCAUUUGAAAGGGAAAAAAUUUCUGACUUUAGACUUACCAGGUUUUGGACAAAGUGAUGAGCUAGAGUCUUAUUCCAUGAAAUCUGUAAUUGAAACAAUUAGAAGUGUAGUAGAUCUCGCUACAGGUAAUCAAAAAAGUUUAGGAGAAAAUACACAGUUGAAACUUAUAUUAACAGGUCAUUCAAUGGGUUGUUAUCUCUGUUUGCAUUUUUUUGAAACAUACUCUAAAAAUUAUGACAUUAGGAAAAUUGCUUUAUUAUCUCCACCGAAGCCAAUAAUGACAUCGUUAUCAAAAAGAAACUACUGGACUCAAUGGGCACUUUGGGGUGUCUUCAAACUUCCUUUUAUUUUUGAUUUGUAUAGAAAUUAUUUCGACCAAACCAGAGGUCUUUCCAGCUCCGGUAUGAAACGGUUCUUCUUUAAUAAUGAUCCUAAUGAUUACGAUUUAAGAUAUCGAAAGCUAUGGCAAUUCCAUAGUAAUGUUCAAAACAAAAGCAGAAGUGUUGUGGGUUAUUUACUCGGUUGGGAUGCAAUAAAUUGGGAGAAGGUCAACACUUUGGUUGACAAGAAUGAUAAGCAAGGAUCAGAUUUACAUGUCCUGGUGUUUUUAGGUAAGAAUGAUCAAGUCACGCUACCCGAGGACGUUAAGCAAUUUUAUGAAUCGUUCGAAAACAAGAAUAACACGAAAUUGAUAGAAAUACCAAAUUGUUCGCACACUCUAUGUUUUGAUGCUCCACUAGUCGUCUGUGAAUUAUUUUCAGAAAACGUUCUGACCGAAUAG